UUGUCCCUGCCCGCGGCCCGUAGCGUGGUGAGCGGGUGCUGCGGACUUUGCCCGGCCCGGCCAUGGCCUCCGGCAGCGCCAUUCAGAUCCCUAGCCGCCUGCCGCUGCUGCUCACCCACGAGGGGGUCCUGCUGCCCGGCUCCACCAUGCGCAGCAGCGUGGACUCGCCGCGGAACAUGCAGCUGGUGCGGAGCCGGCUGCUGAAGGGCACCUCGCUGAAGAGCACCAUCAUCGGGGUGAUCCCCAACACCAGCGACCCCGCCUCCGACUGCGACGAGCUGCCCUCGCUGCACAGGAUUGGCACUGCUGCUCUGGCAGUUCAGGUAGUUGGCAGUAACUGGCCUAAACCACAUUACACCUUGCUAAUUACUGGCCUCUGCAGAUUUCAAAUCUUGCAACUGCUGAAAGAAAAACCAUAUCCUGUUGCUGAGGUUGAACAAUUGGACCGACUUGAACAAUUUACCAACCAGACGAAAUCCGAGGAAGAAUUGGGAGAGCUGUCAGAACAGUUCUACAAAUAUGCAGUACAGCUGGUUGAAAUGUUGGAUAUGUCUGUCCCUGCAGUUGCUAAGCUGAGACGUCUUUUAGACAAUCUGCCUAGAGAAGCUUUACCAGAUGUACUAACUUCAAUCAUACGCACAAGCAACCAAGAAAAGCUGCAGAUUUUAGAUGCUGUUAGCCUGGAGGACCGAUUCAAGAUGACUAUACCAUUGCUUGUUAGACAGAUUGAAGGCCUGAAGCUGCUUCAGAAAACCAGAAAACGCAAACAGGAUGAUGAUAAAAGGGUUGUAGCUAUUCGUCCUAUUCGGAGGAUCAAUCACGUUCCAGGUACUGCAGAAGAUGAAGAGGAGGAUGAAGAUCAUGAUGACAUUGUUAUGCUAGAAAAGAAAAUUAAAACAUCCAGUAUGCCAGAGCAAGCUCUUAAAGUUUGUGUAAAAGAAAUAAAAAGGUUAAAGAAAAUGCCUCAAUCAAUGCCAGAAUAUGCCUUGACCAGAAAUUAUUUGGAACUAAUGGUGGAACUUCCAUGGAACAAAAGUACAAAAGAUCGUUUGGAUAUUCGUGCAGCUAGAAUUCUUCUGGACAAUGACCAUUAUGCCAUGGAGAAGUUGAAGAAGAGAGUUUUGGAGUAUUUAGCUGUCAGACAACUUAAAAACAACCUAAAGGGACCUAUCCUUUGUUUUGUGGGUCCCCCUGGAGUCGGUAAAACUAGCGUGGGAAGAUCUGUUGCAAAAACCCUGGGCCGAGAGUUCCAUAGGAUUGCCUUAGGAGGAUUAUGUGAUCAGUCUGACAUUCGAGGUCACAGGCGCACCUAUGUUGGCAGUAUGCCUGGUCGAAUAAUCAAUGGUUUGAAGACUGUUGGGGUUAACAAUCCAGUGUUUUUAUUAGAUGAGGUUGAUAAACUGGGGAAGAGCCUGCAGGGAGAUCCUGCAGCUGCUUUGCUUGAGGUCUUGGAUCCAGAACAAAAUCAUGGCUUCACCGAUCACUACUUAAAUGUAGCCUUUGACCUAUCCCAAGUCCUUUUUAUAGCCACAGCCAACACUACUGCUACCAUUCCACCAGCUCUGUUGGACAGAAUGGAGGUCAUUCAGGUUCCAGGAUAUACACAAGAAGAGAAGAUAGAAAUAGCACAUAGACACUUGAUCCCUAAACAGCUAGAACAGCAUGGAUUGACUCCUCAGCAGAUUCAAAUUCCACAAGUAACUACCCUGGACAUCAUCACCAGAUACACUAGAGAGGCAGGAGUCCGCUCUUUGGAUCGGAAAUUUGGAGCUAUUUGCAGAGCAGUGGCUGUGAAAGUGGCAGAAGGACACCACAAGGAGACAAAGCCAGAUCGUGCUGAAGUGACUGAAGAAGACUGCAGAGAGCACAUUGCAGAAGAUGCAAAAACAGAAUCCAUCAGUGACACACCCGACCUGGCUCUGCCCCCUGAAAUGCCGAUAUUAAUUGAUUUCCAUGCCUUAAAAGAUAUCCUGGGGCCACCUAUGUAUGAAAUGGAGGUAUCUGAACGUUUGAAUCAGCCAGGAGUAGCCAUAGGCUUGGCUUGGACCCCUUUAGGAGGUGAGAUCAUGUUUGUAGAAGCCAGCCAAAUGGAUGGAGAAGGUCAGCUUACUCUAACUGGACAGCUGGGGGAUGUCAUGAAGGAGUCAGCACAUCUUGCAAUUAGCUGGCUGCGUAGCAAUGCAAAGAAAUACCAGCUAACUAAUGCUUCUGGAAGUUUUGAUCUCCUUGACAACACCGACAUCCAUCUGCACUUCCCAGCUGGAGCUGUCACAAAAGAUGGACCAUCUGCUGGAGUUACCAUAGUAACCUGUCUUGCCUCACUUUUCAGUGGGCGGCUGGUGCGUUCAGAUGUAGCAAUGACUGGAGAAAUUACACUAAGAGGCCUUGUUCUUCCAGUUGGGGGGAUUAAGGACAAAGUCCUAGCAGCCCAUAGAGCUGGACUGAAGAGAAUUAUCAUUCCUCAAAGAAAUGAAAAAGACCUUGAAGAGAUUGCAAUGAAUGUGCGGCAGGAUUUGAAUUUUGUUACGGCAAGCUGCCUGGAUGAAGUUCUGAAUGCAGCUUUCGAUGGGGGAUUUUCAAUCAAGACUGGACUUGAGCACUUGAAUAGUAAACUUUAAGCAGAUUGGGUGAGAGAUCCUGUACAUCAACAUUAAACACUUACUCAACUGUCAGAUGGUAAAAAUGUGAUCUACGGUGAUACAAAACACGAGGGCAAAUUGUGAUAUGCUGUGCCACCCCUUAAAAUUAAGGCCUUUCUUUCAGUGGGGCCUCAACCCCAGUUCUACUUAACUAUUAAUAACAGAAAAAUGAACCUGCAACUUUACCAAACAUGUUUUAUCAAGCAUGUACAGGCAUUAAUGGGGAGAGUACACAUUCCUGCUUGCACACCUAAGCGUGUGAAAAUUAGGGAUAUAUUUUUCAAAAGCAUCUAACCCACUUAAACACUUUUCCUCUAGUUUUGUUACUGCUGUAUACAGAUGGGUUUAAUGAUAGCUGUAGUGAUUAGGCAAGAGAUGUUAUAUUAAAUUAAACUUCAUGUAAUUAAAGUAAAUGUACUUAGUUUUUCAGAUGAGCUAUCAGUGAAUGCUGCUUACUUCCCCAGCAAAAAAAAAAAAGUUGAAGUGCAUUAAUUUUUUUGUCUAAAAUCCUUGCAAAAAUGCAUGUGUUAAAAUACUAGAAUUUUAGAGUUGUUACAUUUAAAAGAAAUGUAAAGCAUGAGUCGCCACAACCACCUUCAUUGUGCUCAGAUACCAUUGCCAGUGUUCUGUAUUCCCGAUUUUGUCCAUUUUUGGCUCAAUGACUUAUUUUAAGUGCCUAAUCUUAAUGGUCAGUAAUGUAUUUUUUUUAAACACCCCCCAGCUGAUAUUUAGAGUUUCUAGGCCAAACCGUUAACAUGCAAAAAGCUAGGAAAUAUGUAAUAUGAUGUAUUUGUGGACCUCACCCUACAGGUAAAAAUUUCAGGUCCCUCACAUGAGCUAUGGGGGAAUAGUGGUUAACAUUUGACUUAAGAUGCAUCUCUUCCUUAACUAUGAGAGAAAAGUUAGUUUCUCACCUUAAUCAGCACAAAUAUUUAAUACACAUAUCUGUGGUAAAUGAAAUUUUUGGGGGGUGGUGCUCAUAGAUGUGGAAUAAAAUACAAUAUUUUGCAAACCAGAGUUAGUCAAAUGCACAAAUAGUCACCCAGUGAAUGCCACCAAAACUACUCCUUCACAACAGAGAGGCGACCAAAUCAGGUCAGGAAAAGUGAAGACUUGUGGGUGAGUAUACAGCAUAAUGGAAAAGAAACACAAAUAUUGAUUAAUCAUUUCUGUGAAGCAUGACUUAUCCCCAUUUUAAUGGUUAAAUGGUAUCUGCAUGAGAAGUGUCAUCUAGCACAUUAUGCAUAAGGUUCUAAGCCUGGCUUUGCCACUGCAUGGUGGGACAGUUGAGCAGAUUAAACAUCUGAACCUAUUUUCCCCAUCUGAAAAAGUUAUGAUUUAUUAUCUCUCGCAGGAAUGUCAUAAGGUAUAAUGUUUGAGAGUUACCUUUAAGAAUAAAGUAAGGAUUAAGUUAUUAAAGCCACCCAGUGCAGCAGAGCACUCUCCUAAACCCUGCAGCCCCUGCCAGAGCCCUCACACAUCUGCCCCAGCCCUGAUCCCCUUCCUGCACCCUGAACUUCAUUUCU